UCUUGCGUUUGUGGUGUUGCCAACAACUAUGUCAUCCCCAGCUCUGUCUGCGCUGCCAACCUAUUCAUCAACAUCAAAAUCUCGUCUGCAGUCGCUGUAUUCCGAUAUUCACAGACAGAAAUAUUCCAACCCUUCUUCUUUCCAUACUUACGUUGACUGGUGGCAUGGGACACUCAAGGAUGUCACUUCGCGAGGUUGGCAGGGAAGCGACGGGUCUGACGGGACAAGCAACAAACUUAUUCUAGGAGCACGAAGAGUUCUGGUGGAUAAGUUGCGCUAUGAAGGUGUUGGCAAGCCUCUCGGUCUCGGAACCACCAUAGCCGAGAUGCGACGAAAUAAUGACAUAAUACCACUCUCCCAAUUUCUUACUUCACAGCAGUCUGUGUACGACCCAGGCUGGCUCCCAUACCGACUUGCUUCCUUCGUGGUCGGAAAACCACUAUGGUGGGCGAUGGAGCAGCUUGACAUAGUCCGCUCAGAAGAUUCUUAUACAGAAGCUGAGAUGUGGAAGAAGAUAGAAGGGGACUAUGUCAUGCUUGGGCUUGUUGCACAGGCCGCAGAUACCCUUGAAAUCAUGCGAGACGGUGCCGGACUCAACCCAGCUGACAACCUGUACACUUUCGAAGAUUUUCGCAGAGAAUUUGGGGCCAAGAUAUUACCCGGAGUUGUGCUGAGCGAGAUAGAUACCAAAGUCCUGAUCAAAUUUCUCGAACGGGAAAGACGUGUGGUUGUACAGAAUGGCGAUGUCAUUAAAUUUGUGACAGCGAGUCAUGAUCGGGAAAUCACUGCUGUGGAUCGAGGAAUUCUACAGCUCAAGACAGCAGUGAGAAAUCUCCGUGAACAGGUUGAUAGCAUCCAGAAUAAGAUUGAUCAGACCACUUCAAAUAUCUCAAGCGCCCUGCGUCAGCAGCGCAAGUCAAUUGCACUAGCAGAGUUGCGGUUUAAGAAACAUCUGGAUGACCUGCUUUCAAAGCGUCUUGGAUCCCUUCAUAAUCUAGAGUCAACAUUGAUCAGCGUAGAGACGGCCGCCGGUGAUGUGGAAAUUAUGAAGACGUACGAGAGUUCGACGGCAACAUUAAAAGCAAUCCUAAGCCACCCCUCCCUUCAACGCAACAAGAUUGAAGAGACAAUGGAUGCGCUUGCGGCAUCGACUGCUGAUGCACGUGAGAUAGAUAAUGCUAUCAGAAUGGGCGAAGACAUGUCUGCAGCAGACGCGGGCAUAGAUGAUACAGAGCUAGAAGCUGAACUAAACGUGUUGGUGGAAGAGGCAGAGAAGGAGAGUGCUGUAGCAGCUGAACAGGUGGUUGUGGAGAAGCUUCAGGGCAUUGAAGUUCGUGUCCCAGAAGGCACACCAGUUCAGGUUGAGGCCGCUCCCAGGCGGAUGGCAGAGGCAGCAUAAGAGGACACCUUACAUAAUAUUAGCAAAUGUUCCUUAACUUGAUGACGCAAUAUCCUUAUGAGAAGUAUGAAG